AUGGAAAUGGUUCUCAUGGAUGAUAAGGUGGGUGACAAAAUCCAAGUUUCUGUUAGAAAAGUCUUGUUGCCUCGAUUUGAGAAUAAAAAUAAGGAGGGAUCUUCGUAUAAUUUCAAGUCAUUUGGUGUCGUUGCUAAUACUGGAGCGUUUAGGACUACGAAACACCAAUUUAAAUUGAAUUUUCAUAAUGGCACGAUUAUCACAUAUGUUGGAACUGGAAUGACAACAUUAUCACCUUAUUCGUUUGUAUCUUUUACAUAUAUUUUUGGCAAAAUAGACAUGGACUACUUGAUUGAUGUUAUUAGUAUUUUGUCUUCUGUUGGUCGUGAAAGGGUGUAUGAAAGGAAUCGUGUAGCUACUAAAUUUAAAUUUAUUGAGUUGGAAUCUAAUGGAAUAAAGCUUGAGUGCACGCUAUUUGGAUCGUAUGUUGAAGCCUUUGACGCCUUUCUGCAAUUUGGAUCGUAUGUUGAAGCCUUUGACGCCUUUCUGCAAUUUGGAUGUAAUGGAAAUGUUAUUGUCAUUUCUCAGUAUCUGAAAGUGAAAAUUUAUAUGAAAGAUACUUCAGAGAUGAGUUUAGAAGAAGAUUUUUUGAAAUUGAGUCGGCGCAAAACUAUUGAGGAACUGAAGGAUUGUCAAGAUAAUAUUUUUUGUAUUAUGUUAGGGACAAUGAAACAUGUUAUUAGUGGCAACAAUUGGUGGUAUGCUGCAUGUGUCUACAAUAAGGGUGUUGUUACAGACUCUAAAGGAUUUUCUGCACUAAGUGCGAAAAGCAUGUUUGGGAAAUUGUGCCAAGGGACAAUCAAACAUGUUAUUGGUGGCAACGAUUGGUGGUAUGUUGCAUGUGUCUACAACAAGGGUGUUAUUACAGACUCUAAAAGGAUUUUCUGCACUAAGUGCGAAAAGCAUGUUUGGACAAUUGUGCCAAGGGUGAUUGAUGAAACUGAUUCUACCACAUUUGUAGUUUUUGAUCGUGAUUGCUAUCUGCUAAAAAAAAUGUAUGCUGACUUGAUUGAUCAAAUGGAUUGUAUUUUAGGCUGCUGUUGUGUUGUUCAUAAUGACAUAGAUCCUGUUGUGGUUCAAGAUUUAGGCAACAAGUUUGACAACAUUGCUGCUGAGGAGAAAUGUGGAGAUAAUGAUGAAGUUGCUGAUGAAAAUGAUGGAGCCAGCUCAAGAAUUACGAAAAACAUUAAGAUUGAGAAGGAGUGA